ACAAGUUUGUUGCAAUCAUGACUUCAACAAUGGCAUCACGCAGAAAUUGGCCGAAAAUUACUAAUUAUAAGGAAGCUUGGAGUAAUCAGAAGGCACCUGAUCUUGGUGACUUUGUUGUGUCGCCGGGAUUUGCCUAUAAUAUUUCUCGUUUCUACCCAAGUGCUUCUGAACUCAAAGACAAGGAAACAUGUMUAAAGUUGAUGCAAAAGUUAGGACUGCCUUCUGAUCCUAUAUCUUGGUAUCGUCCAGUCAGAAGUUCGAAAACGUAUUCUCCUCGACCACCAAGUGCUCCAGCAACAACAAUUCGUAAAAAGAUGGAAAGCUAUAGCCAGAAUCCUGAUUUAUUUUACACGACAACACAUAAAAAAGAUUUUGAAGGUGAUCAUGGUUCUCCCGCCGACAAAACAAGGCCAAAAAGUGCCAAAAUGUUUCCAAAUCGUGGUGCUAUACUAGAUACAACUUAUCAGUAUGAAUUCUGCCCAAAACGAACUUCAAAAUGUAGUCCAAUAAGAGCAGGUACAGCAACGGGAGCCAGAAGAAAUAACCCACAUCCAACUGAGGGUUUUUUAGUUUGGAGAUUCCCAAGCAAGCUUCCUCCUGAGGUCAUUGAUGACAGUAAAAGCAUGGAAGAUGUUUGCUAUGACCAGCUCAAAUCAACAUACCAAAAUGACUUUACUGGUAUUCCACAAGGAGUACAGAUACAAACAGUAUUUGAUGGUGAUGUAAGUGUGAAUAUUCCUAAGCCCCCAUACACUCUGGAUUCAACAACAAGGCACACAUACCAAAAACCAGACGUUCGGGCGGAGCUUAAAUGCAACCUGAGUCGCUAUGGAUGCAACAAGAACAAGUAUAAACCAACAGUGGGAGCAGUUCCUUCUGUCACAGCUACAUCACCUUUAAUGCACGUCUCUGGCAGAACACAAUAUACUGAUGAAUACUACAAAAAAGCUCUCACACAACUGUAUCCUGGUGAUACUAUCCGUAUUAAGUCUGGGCCAAUUCCUGCUUUAGAGGAGUUCCUAAAAUAUGCAAAGCCACAAGAAAAAGAUGCUUUAAUAAAGGAACUGACAAAAAUUGCCAAGAAUGACAACCGGGAGACAAAGAAUCCAGAUCGCUUUACUAAAUAUACUGGGCCUUCCUAGAAUCCUAGUUUAGUCAUACAUUCAUUACAGUUUCUUAAGUCUAAUGCAUUUUGAUACUUAUUUAAACUUACAUGGCUAAAAAAAACAUAAACAAACGACACAGAGGUAUUGUAGCCUAGAUCACAGGACAAGUCUGCUAAGUUUUUUUGUGGAAUGUGCACUAAAAACAGACACAGACACAGAUUCAGGUUAUAAGCCCACCUGUUAUAAGCACUCCUGGUUAAUAUGAGCAAAAGGCAAAUGUCCUUCCAGUUAUAAGCCCUCCUGGUUUUAAGCCCAGAUCUGGAAUCUUGUGUUCAUUUCAUUGAUGCACAUUAUAUUGAAAGAUUGACUAGGAAAAAAAUAAAUGUUCCCUCUUUAUCCUAAACUCUUUUCUUCAUGUGAUUAGCCCCCUGAAUAUAAGCCCUCCUG